AGUUUUCAUGGGAUGAUUAUUAUCAGAGAAAUCUGGUGGAAAUAGGUACUUACUUUUCUAAUGCAUGAGUGAAAAAUCUAAUCUCAGAUCUCAUUGAUCAUAUUUCUCCAUUGUAUCCAAACUCUAAAUCGGAAACUACCCACCUUACCUCAAUUCCCAUUCCUUAUGACAGAGACACACAACAAAACCGUCGUGACGUGGCGCAACAUUCCCAACUUAAAAUCCUCCUUCAACGACGUCGUUUCACCCAACAACCACCUCUCCAACGACGCCGUUUUCACUUUCACCAACGAAAAUGCCAUUCCUUCUAAAUUCGCCACCGUCUCCGCAUCGCGAACGAAACCGAACAAAGAGUUCAUUCCCACGGCGGCUCAGCUUCUAAACAACCCGCUCGCCGUUAUCGCACUUGUUCCUAAAGAUGCCGCUCUGUUUUUCGCCGGAGCUGUUGCCGGUGCCGCCGCUAAGAGCGUCACUGCUCCCCUUGACCGCAUCAAGCUUCUCAUGCAGACUCAUGGAGUGCGAAUUGGACAAGAAACUGCGAAGAAAACUAUUGGUUUAAUAGAGGCAAUAACGAUGAUAGGGAAGGAAGAAGGCAUUAGAGGUUACUGGAAGGGUAACCUACCACAGGUGAUUAGGGUUAUACCUUAUAGUGCUGUCCAGCUCUUUGCUUAUGAAUUUUAUAAGAAAAUAUUUAAGGAUAAAAAUGGUGAGCUCUCUGUUGUGGGAAGACUUGCAGCAGGUGCUUUUGCGGGCAUGACAUCAACUUUUGUAACUUAUCCAUUAGAUGUCCUGAGAUUACGAUUAGCUGUUGAACCUGGGUGUCGAACAAUGUCAGAGGUCGCCUUGGGCAUGUUAAGAGAGGAAGGUUUUGCAUCUUUCUACUAUGGCCUUGGGCCUUCUCUUAUUGGAAUAGCUCCAUAUAUUGCAGUUAACUUUUGUGUUUUUGACUUACUAAAGAAAUCGUUGCCAGAGAAAUAUCAGAAGAGAACCGAAACAUCUAUAGUCACCGCCGUGCUUUCAGCAUCUCUUGCCACAGUUACAUGCUAUCCUCUGGACACAGUUCGACGACAGAUGCAACUGAAGGGAACACCUUAUAAGACAGUAUUAGAUGCCAUUUCAGGUAUUGUGGCACAGGAUGGAGUUAUUGGCUUGUACCGGGGAUUCGUGCCCAAUGCUUUAAAAAACCUACCAAACAGCAGCAUCAGGCUUACCACAUACGACAUUGUCAAACGCCUGAUUGCAGCUAGUGAGAAAGAGUUUCAAACAAUUGUUGACGAAAACCGCAACAGACUAAAGAAACAUACAUAGUCAAUGAAAGUGAACAUAGGAUUCAUAUUGUUUGAGCCAUUUUUUUCCUGCUGGUUUAUUUUGCAGAGUAAAUGCUGCAAUAAAAGUAUCCAUCAUUUGUGGGAAUUGCUUUAAACCAAAAUGCUAAAUGCUAUCUGUCGUAUAUCUCAGAAGGGGAGGGGCUGUAAAUUUUGUAGGACACAAGUUUGUUCUAGGUGCUCUGUUAUGCUCUAUUCUUUUCAAUGUAUUUUAUCUGUAAUUUAUUUAUUUGAUAAACUUAAUGUAAGUUUUACUAAAUAAUUUGUGUCAAACUGAUAUAGGUAUGAACAUCCCUUUUUAGGUUCGAUCCAUUUGGCUUUAGUAGAAAAACAAGGAAUUUUAGUGGCAAAAAAUUAUGUACUCAGUGAAUAUCUAACAAAUAAUUCAGCAUAAUUGUGACUUAA